AUGGAUGCACUCUGCGAACAAAUUGAUAAACUAACUCUGGAUUAUCUAGAAGAAUUUGGUCAUCUACUCGCCUGUAAACAACUGCUUGAUGACACUGUCAAACAAGGAUACUUUAAUCUGUCGCGUGCACGUAUUAUCAUGGGUGUAAAUAACCUCUCGCGUUUGCAAUAUUCCGAAAGAGAUCCAAUGAUCGCUGCAACGAAAAUUUCUAUAUCGUCAGUAUCGCCAUUUCAAGUCGAGAAAGAAAUCGAUAAAGAACAUGGUGAUGAUGCUUUGAAAUGGUUUGGUCUUCUCAGUCCAAAUGUAUUGAAACAGGGUCAAAAAGCUUUUCAAAAGACAAUCGACUUAGUUUUAGAAUCAUGUAAACGACAAGACAAUGUUUUACAAUUAAAAUCACAGAUUGAACAGUUAUUAAAAGAAAAACAAUCAUUUUUAUCGAAAGAAAAUUCCGAACAAAUAAAAACUAUUAUUCGACCACAUCAGUCUAUCAAUGAAUUCAUAUAUCAAAACCCAAAUGAUUCGAGCACUACCAAUCGUAUACAACAACAAGAACAGCUUCUCAAUCAAUUUCAACAACAUCAAGAUUACUACAAGAUUGGUUUUAAAAACUUAUCUGCGAUUCAAUCAAUGUCAUUAGCAGAGAAUUGGCCAAUUAUUGGUGGAAAUGCAGUUACAUCAUUUUCCAGCGGUUUUGUAGCUGGAAUGAUCAGCAAUCGCAUCGGCCGUAAUCUCUGCCUUAAUCUGACGACAACUGUACGUCCAGCAAGCGGUGCUGCCUUUUUCACUGUUACUUUUGCACAUUUAAGCGCUUAUUAUAUGGGAGUUCUUCGGCCAAUGGUGUCCGAUGAUCCAGCACUGUGUCCCACAUGUUUAGAAAUACGUGCAUUUGCUACCGGAAGUCUCAUACCGAUCGCAUUAGGAACCGGUAUUGGUGUUUGUGGUAAUCUAUCAUCAUGUAUUUUAAAUAAAAGUAUUCGCUUGCCGCAAUUUAAUCUGCGAGCGUAUCCGGAAUGGCGAGAAUUCUUCACCCGACAUGUUUUCAAAGGAAUGGCACAUCGUCAUUUUUUUCUGUAUCCGCUAUUAAAUGGGUUUAUGUCGUCGCUCGUACUCCUCGGACAAAGUUACUAUUGGCGAAGUUAUCUUCGACAAUAUUUGGAUUCGAUUAAUGAAAAGCCAAGAGAAUACCGAGAACCGAAGAAACGAAAUAAGAUUAUGGGUGCGAUAGAAGAUUUUUUUACUACUGCAUUUUCCAAUAAAAUGUCAGGUAAAAAAAAGGCGGAAAAUGUGCAAACAGGAACGAGUGCAUCGACUCUGUUGAUUGUUGCCAUUGCGGGAGGAGUUAUUGCUGUCUCUUUACAGCCAUUAAUUCUUGCGUUAUAUUCAAAUAUUGGUUCACAAAUUGCAGUACUGUUGAAUCAACAGCCACCUAAUGUUAUUCCCAUUCAACAAACUACGACAGUAGCCACGCUGACGACAACAGCAGCUGUCUCAGUAGUAACCUCGAAAGUACCGAAAACUACAACAGCUACUACUACUGCUGCAACGACGACAACGACAGCGAAAACACCGGUGGUAAAGAAUGACCCUACUGUUGACGAAGAACCUAUACUUCUCAAAGAUGAACCAUUGACUGUAAAGUUUCCCGAGACUACAACCGAAAAACCUAAAGAACCGAAAACAUCACCAAAAUCGGAGGAAACAACCAGCAAAUCCCAACGUGUCAAAUUAGAAAAAGUUCCUCAACAACCGGAAAUUAUCGAUGUCACUGGGCGAAAUAAAGAAAUUCCAGAUGCAGUGAAAAACUUCAAAUCAGUCACAAUAAACAUGAUAAAAACCAAAAAACUAUGGAUUCCUAUACCGAAUUCCAAUGGUGGUCAUCGUCGUGUACCACCUAUCGCUAUUCGUGCUGGUAAAGAGCACAAUAGUAGUGUUAAACAUUGGUUAUUCGAAGAAUUUCUUUCACAUGAUGAAUGUAUUAAUUUAAUCAAAGUACAUAAAGAACAUGUCAAAGAAAUGAAAAAAAUCGAUCCAAUCAUAUGCUUUGAUAGUAUUCAAACAUUACGAAAACAUUUGAAAGAUUUAAGACCCGACACUGAAAUUCGCGUGACACCGAAUGAUUUUACCAAAGGAACAACGUGCAUGAAUGAAACAUUUUCAUCCAUGCUGAAACAAUGGGGUUUGAAAUGGUCGUAUUCAACUGCGUUCUAUCAUGGGGAAAGUGCGUUUUCGAAACUACUAUCCGCACGUAUCGAAGAGGGUACAGCGUUACAACAAAGUCACGGAGGAAAAUUUCAAAUUACAUCAACUGACAAAGGCAUUGGUUACAAAGCACAUCAUGAUUGUACGUUGAACGGUUUGAAACAAGAUCGUUAUGCUACGUUUCUAGCCUAUUUGAAUACAGUAAUGGAAGGCGGUGAAACCGAAUUUCCUGAAUUGGAUAUAAAAAUCAAACCGAAAGAGGGCCGAGUGGUUGUUUGGAAUAAUAUGAAUGAAAAAGGUGAAUGUGAAGAGAAAAGUCUCCAUUCAGCGAAUAUUGUCGGUGAUGAAGAAGGAAAGUUCGUCUUACAACGAUGGUACUAUUAUGAGAACUUCUAUUCACUGGGCAGACGUCCGCCAGAACCCGAUCUACCAGAGCGAAAACCAGGUCAAAUACAAGUCUCAUGUGAUGAGUAUGACAUGGGAAGUUGUCGCGCAUAUGACGAAUGGAAUUACCAACAUAUCUUAAAAUAUCGUCAUGUCAAUCAUAAUCUUAUUUGA